AUGUCUUCCGGUGGUAAAGGAAAGUCCUCUUCCGAAACUAAAUCUUCUUCCCGAUCUUCCAAGGCCGGUCUUCAAUUCCCUGUCGGUCGUAUCCACAGACUCUUGAAGAGAGGUAACUACGCCCAACGAGUUGGAUCCGGUGCUCCCGUCUACCUCGCUGCCGUCCUUGAAUAUCUCGCCGCUGAAAUCCUCGAAUUGGCCGGUAACGCCGCCCGAGACAACAAGAAGUCUCGUAUCGUCCCCAGACACUUGCAACUCGCCGUCCGAAACGAUGAAGAAUUAAACAAAUUGCUCGGUUCAGUCGUCAUCUCCCAAGGUGGUGUCCUUCCUCACAUCAUGGCCGAACUCCUCCCAGCCAAGACCAAAGGAAAGGCCAAGGCUUCUCAAGAAGUAUAA